GCCCCGGGAGCCGGGGGCGUGCACCUCUACUUGUUUUACUACUACGACCUACUAAACCCACCGUCACGUUUGCGCUACAUCACUCCGUCUCUCUCCUUCACCCCACAUCUGGCCCGCGACGUCUCUGAGCUUUACCGCCCUUAUUGGAGAUCAUUCCUUUACAGCCAUGUUGGUCAUAUUAGCCUUCAUCAUCCUCUUCCAUAUAAUCUCAGGCAUCCUCCUGUUCAUCAGCACCAUCAACAAUGCGUGGUGGGUGGUAUCUUCUGGGGCCAAUGUGAUCUACACUGAUCUCUGGUAUUCCUGUAACAUUACAUGUAUCCCAGUCAAGAACAGCGCUUCCACCGAAGCAGCGUACCUCCAGGCAGUGCAGGCCACCAUGAUCCUGGCCACCAUUCUGUGCUGUGUGGGGUUCUUCGUCUUCAUCCUCCAGCUCUUCAGGCUGAAACAAGGAGAGAGAUUCGUCUUCACCGCCAUCAUACAACUGCUCUCCGCUCUGUGUGUGUUGAUUGGAGCAUCCAUCUACACGGCGGAGAGAGAAGGCUUCACAGAGGAGUCGCUAAGGAAGGGAGCAUACGGCUCCUCCUAUGUCCUGGCCUGGGUUAGCUUCCCCAUGACACUCCUCAGCGGACUGAUGUAUCUGGUGCUGAGAAAACGCAAAUAGACGCCGCAACAUCCCAUAAUAUCCUGGAAACCCACUGUUUAUCCUCCGUGUGUCUGGUGCAAAGGAAACGUAUACACACAACAACAUCCCAUAAUAUCCUGGAAACCCACUGUUUGUCCUACAUGUUUGUAGUGUGGUUCCUUGUAGAGGAAAUGCUAAUGGACAUCCAUGACCACCCAUCUCAUGACCCAAUGAACCCAUAGAACAGCGCCCAGGCCACCCAUAGAACAGCGCCCAGUCCACCCAUAGAACAGCGCCCAGUCCACCCAUAGAACAGCGCCCAGUCCACCCAUAGAACAGCGCCCAGUCCACCCAUAGAACAGCGCCCAGUCCACCCAUAGAACAGCGCCCAGUCCACCCAUAGAACAGCGCCCAGUCCACCCAUAGAACAGCGCCCAGUCCACCCAUAGAACAGCGCCCAGUCCACCCAUAGAACAGCGCCCAGUCCACCCAUAGAACAGCGCCCAGACCACUCAUAGAACCUCCUGCAUGAAAGAACCCAAAAGUCCCACACCCUGGUACUGGUAAUGUGAAAAUGCUAACUUGACACAAACACAAAUAAGCACUCCAUCCCUGACUUUUGCACCAUCCUAAAGUCCCACUGGACCCAUUCCAAACGAUCUUACCCUCCUCAGCUCGUCUCCCUGUACCCUUCCUGUCCUCAUCUUUUUCCCUUGAAUAAAUAAUUAAAGGUACAUGUUGUGGGUUUGCUAGGGAACAGAGACAGGAAGACCAGGAAUGGAUUCUCUAUAGGACUGUUUGGGACACAACCUUAUAAGCUCCUCCCAUUCCAUUAAGCUCUGCCCUAAACUCCUGUAUGCUCCUCCUUCCAACUUUAUAUGCGCCUCCUAGAUCCUGAGUUACAGGAAUCUACUGUGUACAGCAGAGGUGUCAAACCGGUUCCAUGGAGGGCAGAGUGUCUGCAGGUUUUCGCUCUCACCUUGUACUUGAUUGAUU